AUGUGGGGGGCCUUGCAGGAGGGCUUCGAACGGCGCGCUGACCCCGGAGACCGGGAGCAACAGGAGCUGCUGUCUGAGAUGCGCUCCCAGCUGAAGAAGCUGCAAGACAUGACCAAGGAUGCGGACCCACGUCUGAGCUUUUCCACUCCGGAGUUUAAGGAGGCGCAGCGGGCCUUCACCGAUGGCUUCAAGAAGAAUUUUGGGCGGCCCGUGGAAUGGGCCUUGGUGCGAGAGUAUCCCUGGUCCGUUCCUCAGCUGAGAAAGCUGGAGAAGCCGGUUGAUGUGCACGGCCAGCCAUGGGGAGGCACCAAGUAG